AUGGCUGACGGGAUUCUUUUGGGUGAGGGCGUUGCCGAAGGCGAACGAAAGAAAUCAUCAUCACUUCGAGAUCUCGCCAAUGCAGACGACGUAGUCAUUACUCUCAACGGACAAAUCAUCAAUGCCUCAGGCCAUGCAGACCAACUUCAACGACAAUACGGCUUCCUCAGCAUCCUAGGCUUAGCCUUGACGGUCGACAAUGCAUGGGUUGCUCUAGGAACUUCUCUGGCUGUAUCGAUAUACAACGGCGGCCCGCCAGGUGUCAUCUGGGAGCUCUGGGUGGCCGCAUUCUACUACACCUUCAUCAACGCUUCGAUCGCCGAGCUCGCGUCUUCAGUGCCCAGUGCCGGCGGCGUCUAUCACUGGGCUUCCAUCACCCCAGGCCCUAAAUGGGGUCGUCCAAUCGGUUUCUUCGCGGGCGCACUCAACUACUUCGGAUGGCUCUUCGACCUGGCUUCGAUAGUGUACAUCAUGUCGGAGCUUUGCGUGCAAAUGUACUUCUUAUACCAUCCAGACUAUGUCAUUCAACAGUGGAACCUGUUUGUGGGACUUCUGUGCAUCACGGUUCUCUGCGUGUCGGUGACCAUAUUUUUCAACGGCAUCCUACCUUACCUGCAGCACUUUGGGCUUUUUGUUGUCACGGUGGGAGGACUGAUCACCAUCAUCGUGCUAGCGGCCAUGCCUUCCUCCCAUGCCUCGAACGGAUUUGUGUGGACCGAUUUUGCCAAUGAUACGGGCUGGAGUGGCGGCGUCGCCUUCCUCACCGGUGUCCUCAAUGGUGCUUUCACGAUUGGAACACCCGAUGCAGUCACACACAUGGCAGAAGAACUCCCAAACCCGAAACACGACCUCCCCAAAGCCAUAUUCGCCCAGAUUGCUCUCGGUUUCCUCUACGCCUUCUGCUUCGCCAUUGCACUAUUCUAUGGCGUCAACGACCUCUCGGCCGUACAAAACAGCAAUGGAUCCUUCCCGCUCGCCGAAGCAUACCACCAAGCCACAGGAAGCAGAGCCGCCACGUUUGGCCUCCUCUUCAUCAUCUUCCUGUCCCUCACGCCUUGUCUAAUCGGUACCUUCCUGACCGUCGGUCGUACGUGGUGGGCGCUGGCACGAGACAACGCCACUCCCCUUGCAUCCUUCUUCGGCCGCGCCAAUGAACGCCUCAGCUGUCCCGUCGAAGCUACCGUUCUAACGGGCAUUCUGACCAUCGGCCUCGGCGCAAUCACCCUCGGAAGCAAAACGGCCUUCACCGACCUGGCCGGAUCGUUUGUCAUCCUAAGCAGUACCUCGUACGCGUUGGCCUUUGGCCCCAACAUGUUCACAGGCCGAAAGUACAUGCCUGUCGGACCUUUCCACUUGGGCCGAUGGGGUUACCUGAUCAACGGCCUGGCUACUCUGUUUAUCGUCAUCUUUGACAUCUUUUAUUGCUUUCCGUACGCGCUACCGACAACGACAGCAUCCAUGAACUACAACUCGGUCAUCCUGAUAGGGGUCGUAGUAUUGACUACCUUCUGGUGGUUUGUACACGCGAUCCGUAAAUAUGACGGGCCAAACGUCCAGGCCAUGAUUGAUGCGAACGUGGUGUCGUUGAGGAGGAAAUCCAAGGUCUAAAUGAAGAUGGUACAUGGUCCGAGGAACAGGUCUUUGGAAAAGUGAAGUCUACAUAGAUGCCAAUGGUGUAAAAUAUGUGUGUUUGUGAGAGAGUGAGAAAACGAG